AUGGACAUUGCUGGGAUCUUUCUGGGGCCGAUCAUUCAGGUGCUGCUUGACAAGUUGAUGUCUCCCGCAGUGUCGAACCAUGCCCGUCGAGAGGGAAUCGACGGUCAGUUGACGAAGCUGGAGAAAAUGUUGCCUGAUAUUCGUGUUGUUCUGGCUGACGCAGAGGAGAAGCAAAUGACGAAUGAUCCAGUCAAAUUGUGGAUGGAGGAUCUCAGCGACUUGGUUCACGAUUUGGAUGAUUUGUUGGACGACUUCACUGGUGAAACUUUGCGUCGCCAGCUGAUCACAACAGAAUCUCAAGCUAGCACCAGUACUAGUAGUAAGGUACGAAAACUGCUCAUCCCAACUUGUUGUAAAUGCUUCACUCCUAGUGUUGUUAUAAAGCUUGAUCACAAUAUGAUGUCCAAAGUAGAGGAAAUCACCAUCAGGUUAGAAGACAUUGAAACCCGGAAGAACAGCCUUGAUUUGAUAGGGAAUGUUGGAGGGAUUAGGUCCACCACCACAGUGAGAGAGAGACGGGAAACGACUUCUUUGGUCAAUGAAUCUGAUGUUUAUGGCAGAGUACAAGAUAAAGAGGGUAUAGUUGAGGAGUUGCUGGGGGAUAAAGUUAGUGUUGACAGAGUCUCUGUCAUUCCCAUUGUGGGCAUGGGGGGUAUUGGCAAGAGCACUCUCGCUCAGAUGGUCUAUAAUGAUAUACAUUUAGAGGGUCAUUUUGAUCUCAAGGCAUGGGUUUGUGUUUCUGAUGAUUGUCAUGAAUAUGUUCUUAGAGUGACCAAGGCAAUUCUUGUGGAAGUCACUUUGAAAACUCAUGACUCCAUGUCUCUGAAUAUGCUUCAACAGAAAUUAAAGGAGAACCUGUCCGGAAAGAAAUUUCUGCUUGUUUUGGAUGAUGUUUGGAACAAGAAGUAUGAAGAUUGGGAGCUCCUAAAACGUCCUUUUAUGGUUGGAGCACCCGGGAGCAAAAUUAUUGUCACAACUCGCGACGAAAUCGUUGCAUCAACCAUGACUUUGUCUCCGGCUUACCCUCUAAAAGGGCUAUUGGAAGAUGAAUGUCUAUCUUUAUUUGCUCAUCACGCACUCGAGAGAGAAAACUUUGAUGCACAUCUAGAUCUGAAAGGAAUUGGUGAGGAAAUAGUGAAUAAAUGUUCAGGCUUGCCUUUGGCAGUAAAAACGCUUGCAGGACUCUUGCGCACUAAACGACGCCAAAGUGAGUGGGUAGAUAUAUUGAAUAGCAAGAUAUGGGAUUUGUCCGAAGAAAGUGAUAUUCUUCCAGCUCUUAGAUUGAGCUAUCAUCAUCUCCCAUCUCAUUUGAAGCAAUGUUUUGCCUACUGUGCAAUAUUUCCAAAAGACUGUGAAUUUGACAUAGAUGAGCUAAUUCUGUUGUGGAUGGAGGUAGGUCUUUUGCAGCUAUCAAAAGAAAAGAAUCGAAUGGAAGAUUUUGGCUAUAAAUGCUUUGAUGAUCUAUUAUUAAGGUCAUUUUUUCAACAAUCAGGUGGUAGUAAAUCACGGUUUGUGAUGCAUGACCUUCUAAAUGAUCUAGCUCUACAUGUGGCUGGGGAUUUAUGUUUUAGGUUGGAUAAGUUGGAGGGUGAUGAGAAAUUUGAAAUUCCUAAAUGA